UGUACUGUCAGAAAUUGCGGGAAAUCAGUAUUUUUUUUUAAUAAUAUCGAACAUAAUUUUUAAUAAAAACAUCUAACAUCGGUUCUAAUGGCUCAGUCUCAGUAUUUUAAAGUGGUGCAUGUGCUGGAAACGGGGGAGAUAGAACCGAUCCCCAUCAAUGGGAAGUUAAUGGGACUCUCUACUGGCCGCAAAAUGCGCACCUGGUUAGAAAGUUUCAAUCCAAGAUAGAUAGUGUGCCAGACAAAAGAACCUGGAAAACUUAUAGAUGCAAUGUAAAAGAAACGAAUAUUCCUUUAUUCAUGUAUGCUUCUGCAAGCUGCCAGAAAUUUAUAGAUGCCGGUACCACAUCAGCCACCGAAGAUGAAGACGAUGAAGCCCCUCCGCCCAAAACAAAAAAAUUUAAGACAUCACAAUACAUAUCCACCAGUAAGACUACAUUGUCUCAUCAAACUCCGGCCAGCCAGUCCACGUCCAGUUAUGAUUUCGGUAGCAUUGCUUUUGGGGCCAAUACACCUUUAAAAUCUACCAAAGCUACAAAGCUGAAACCUAAAAAAACAAAUAAACAGGUUGUUAAGGUGCCUACAAUUAUUGAAACAAACAAAAUCUCUGAAGAAAUUCUGAUGCCCCAAAAGGAGAUCCAAGAACAGAAAAUAAUUGAUCUACUUACUGCAGUGAAAAAAGGUCAAGACAACAUCCUUGCUGCUAUUACAGAUUUGGGUUUGAGAUUGGAUAGGGUCGAACAAAUAAUCCAAAAAGAUGUUUCCGAUGUGGUGUCAUUGGGAGAAGAUUUCCAGUUGUUUCCCAUCAGAGAGCCGAAAUAUGUAUUCAAAUUAGAAAAAGACUUAAACAAUGAGGACUUUAGGAAAAAAAUAUUUUCACACUUCGGCAGAAUUAUUGGAACAUCAACUCCCUGGAAAACGGCAUGUUACAAAUUAUGUAACAUAAUAUUUACUAAGGAAGUGCUAACAUGCUUUUCUUGGACAGGCAUGAGCCGAAGGAAUAAUAAAGAGUCCUUUAAAAAUUUAAAAAAUGCUCUCGAUAUUUUUUAUAGAGCAGUAUACAAAGCUGACAAUACAUUUUCAUAUCCUCAAAGGGAUGCUUUCUUCCGAGACGGCAUUUUAAAACACAGUAAUACGCGUUUAAAACAAAGCCAAAAACUAAAGCAAAGGAAUGGCAAAGGAGUAGAAAAAGAAAGGGAAGAGGAAGGAAAAACAGGAGAAGAGGAAGAAGAGAAUGAAAAUGAAGAAAUGCAGGAUUACAGAGAAGCACCUGAUAAAAUAGAAGAGGAAUUGAAAUUGGAGUAUGGUGAAGAAGAAAAACAAAUGAUGGAGCAGGAAAGAGAAGAAAUGAUGGAGCAGGAAAGAGAACAAAUGAUGGAGCAGGAAAGAGAAAUAAUAUUUGAAUAUGAGGAAAUAGAAGAUUCCGAUAAAGAGGAGGAUAUCAAAAUUUUGAGGCAAAAUUGCCAUUCGGUAGACAAUUAUUGGUAAUUGCGUAAGCAUGCAGGGCCUCCAUUUUUUACCCUUCGCUUCGUUAUCGAAUGUAUUCGUUUCAUAUCUGUUUAGUAUACGAAGCGAAUACAUUCGAUAACGAAGUGAAGGAUCAAAAAUCGAGACCCUUCUGUUUUAUUUCUUGCCAAUAAAAAAUUAGUUUUAAUUUCUUAGUCUUAGUUUUUAUUAAUACUUUUGUAUUGUUCGUCCGCUAUAACUUUUCCCAUGCAUCACGAUUCAUUUUCAAACAAAUUAAGUCAAAACAUAAAGUGAAACGAACGUUGAUGUGUAUAUACAUUUUGUAUACUAUAUACUACAUAUAUUGGCGUACGUUUCACUUUAUGUUUUGCCUUAAUUUGUUUGAAAGUAAAUUGUGACGCAUGGGAAAAGUUAUAGCGGACAAACAAUAUUUACUUCUAUUUUAAAUGUUGCUUGUUUAGAUUUUAAGGGUAGAAAUGUAAUCUAAAUAAAACAAUAAAAGACUGAAUUUUAUAAA